CGCCAAGUUUUCAAGCCGCAGAAGCCGGUUGGUGGCUUCUUUUUCGCUGCGGCCCAGUCUGCUGAGGCAGCUCUGGGUGAGGACCACCCGGGGAGGCCUCCGCUUCCUGCUGGGUUCAAGGAAAACUCGCGAGAACGCGCGCCGAGCCUCAUCGUGGUCAAGCCGCGCUCCAGAAGAGCGCCGGGUCCGAGGCGGGAAGGCUGCCGUGAAGAGACGUCGUCGCUGUUCUCAGAGAUGGCCCAGGACUCUGCAGACCUUGCUUCUGACUAUCAAUUUUGGCUGCAGAAGCUUUCUGUAUGGGAGCAGGCCUCCUCUAAGGAAACCCAGCAGGACACCUGUCUUCACUUGCCCCAGUUUCAGGAGUUCCUGAGGCGGAUGUAUGAGAUCUUGAAGGAGAUGGAUUCUCGUGCGAUACUGGAAAGGUUCCCCACAAUUGGUCAGCUGUUGGCGAAAACUUGCUUGAAUCCUCUCAUCUUAGCAUACGAUGAAAGCCAAAAAAUUCUAGUGUGGUGCUUCUGUUGUCUGGUGAACAAAGAACCACGGACGGCUGGAGAAUCAGAACUUAACUCGUGGGUCCUGGGCUUGUUAUCUCAUAUCCUUUCUGCGUUCAGAUUCGACACGAAAGAAGUUGGUCUUUUUACCAAAAGUCUUGGCUAUGAGCCUGUUGAUUACUAUCCUAGUUUGCUUAAAAAUAUGGUUUUGUCAUUAGUGUCUGAGCUCAGAGAGAGUCAUCUUAAUGGAUUGAACACUCGAAGUCGGAUGGCUCCUGAGCGCAUGAGGUCCCUGUCACAAGUUUGUGUCCCUCUUGUUACGCUGCCUGAUAUUGAACCCCUGGUAGAGGCUCUACUCACCUUCCAUGGACAUGAGCCUCAGGAAGUCCUUUCACCCGAGUUCUUCGAAGCUGUAAAUGAGGCCAUUUUGUCGAAAAAAAUUGCUCUUCCCACGUCCUCUGUGGUCAGCCUCUGGUUUCGGCAUUUCCCCAGCCUUGAAAAAGCAACACUGCAUCUUUUUGAAAAGCUGCUCUCCAGCAAGAAAAAUUACCUUAGAGGGAUGGAGUGCUGUAUAAAAGAGUCAUUACUGCCUCAAGCAGCCUGCCACCCUGCCAUCUUCAGAAUUGUUGAUGAAAUGUUCAGGUUUGUGCUACUGGAAACUGAUGGAGCCCCAGACGCACUGGCUGCUCUUCAGGUAUUCACAUCGUGCUUGGCAGAAGCCAUGGAAAAAGAAAACAAGCAGCUGAAGUUUGCCCUCAAGACCUACUUCCCUUAUGGUGCUCCAUCUCUUACUGCAGUGUUGUCCCAGCACCCUGAAGCUGUCCCACAGGGACAUCGGCUCCAGCCUCUGCUGCACAUUUCCCAACUCCUCAGAGAAGCAGUUGAAGACAGUACUCAUGGGUCCCAGCAAAGUCCCUUUGAGAACUGGUUUUUGUUUGUUCACUUUGGAGGAUGGGUUGAUCUGGCCAUGGAGCAGUUGCUGAGGAAUGAAGGCGAGCCCCCUACAGACCUGCUGUGGCUCUUGGUCUUCUAUUACAGCCCACAGGAUGGGAGUCAGCAGAGAGAGCAGACCAUGGUGGAGCUGAAGGUAUUGCUCAACCGUCUUCUGAUGCUGCUCAGAAGUGGCCCCCUCUCAGCCGUUGAUCUUCAGGAAGCCGCUGAGAGUCUCAGUGCAGACCCCAGAACACCUAUGUGUAGACAGCUGGUCAGGCGCCUUCUUCUUAGCCUCUUGCUCUGGACCCCGGAAGGCCAUGUGAUUGCCUGGGAAGCUGUCACCCGUAUGGCACACACGGAGGCUGUAAGCCGGGAGAUUGCUGCCUUUCUUGACCACAUCUUGUACAGAUCGGAUCAUCUUUGUGUUGAAGCCUCAAGAAAACUGGCCAGAGAGCUCCUUCAGGAGCUGCGAGCUCAGGUCUAGCAGGCAGCACAGAAGCUGUGGACAUCUGCAUGGGGCAUCCUCUGGAGAAGCUCCAGCACUGGGUGAUAGACUGUCUGUGGGGCCCAGAACAAGUGAGGAAGCCUGCGCACAUCUGUGCCAUCUCCCAUGCACUCUGUGUGUACUGUUGGCCA